GAUGGACCAGAGCACUGCUGAAGCCAAAGGGGGGAAGAUCUAGUUUCCUAACAGAAGGGAAAGGAAGUGUGUGCAUUGAGGUCUUUGCCACAGGCUGGCUAGGUUCAGGAUGGAUCCUCUCUUCCCUGCUCAUAUUUUGGAAGAUCCUGAUCUGAGGAAACUGCUGAACGACUCCUCAAUGCUGAACCUGAGUUUUCCCAGUAACUGGUUUAACAACGGCACAGGGGACAGCUUCCUCCCACUGGGCAUCAAGAUCACCAUUGUGGUCGUCUACUCCAUCGUGUGCAUAGUGGGGCUGGUGGGCAACUGCUCGGUCAUGUAUGUCAUUGUCAGAUUCACCAAGAUGAAGACGGCCACCAACAUUUACAUCUUCAAUCUCGCCCUGGCCGAUACCCUGUGUCUGAUAACCUUACCCUUCCAGGGUACGGACACGUUCCUAGGGUUCUGGCCCUUUGGAAACAUCCUCUGCAAGAUCGCCAUCUCCAUUGACUACUACAACAUGUUCACCAGCACUUUCACCCUGACCAUGAUGAGCGUGGAUCGUUACAUCGCCAUCUGUCACCCCAUCAAGGCGCUGGAUAUCCGUACCCCCCACAAGGCCAAAGUGGUCAACAUCUGCAUCUGGGCCCUGGCUUCAGUCUUCGGUAUCCCAGCUAUGGUGAUGGGGUCAGCAGAGAAUGAAAAUAAUGAGAUUGAUUGUCUAAUUAAGCUCCCUAAACCUGUGGAUUACUGGGAUCCAGUAUUUGGGAUUUGUGUCUUUCUCUUCUCCUUCAUGAUCCCUGUGUUGAUCAUCACCAUUUGCUACAGUCUUAUGAUCCGGCGUCUUAAGAAUGUCCGUGUCCUCUCAGGCUCCAAGGAGAAGGAUCGGAAUCUGCGGCGCAUCACUCGAAUGGUCCUGGUGGUGGUUGCUGUCUUCAUUAUUUGUUGGACCCCCAUUCAGAUUUUCGUGCUGGUCCAGUGCCUGGGUGCAAAGGCCGAAAGCGAGCUCGAGUUAGCCAUCUCAUGCUUCUGUACUGCACUGGGAUAUGCCAACAGCAGCUUGAAUCCUGUCCUCUAUGCCUUCUUGGAUGAGAACUUCAAGACGUGCUUCAGAAAGUUCUGCUUCCCCACCGCCUUCAGAACAGAGCUCCAGAUGUCCAACAGGAUGUGCAGCAUCGCAAAAGAUGUCGUUUAUGCCUGCAAGAACUCAGAGGGGACUAACAAUCCAGCAUGA